GAAGAGAAAGGGUCUGUUGUUUUUCUCUCCUUGUUUCUCUCCCUCACUGCUGAUCACCAAGCUGCUGACCAGGUCAGAAAACCCUAAUGGAAAUCCUCCAGUGCUGGGCAGGCUCCUCCUCCUUUGGGGAGCUUGUCCUUGACUGAUUUUUCUUUGUCCUGAUGGGAAAAAAGAGAGAGAGAGAAAGAAGAAAAAAGAAAAACCACAAACUUCCUUUGAAAACCAGCUUGUAGACAGGGCCUGGAGCGCACGCCCUCGACUCGGCGACUCAGAAAUCCCGAAGACGCUCUUGAGCGACCUGGGAGCACCUGGGCUGCACCCCUGCCUGCCUGCACCCUCCUCCAGUGCCCCCCGGUCGUGGACGUGAGUCCGGAAGUAGCCGCAAUCCAGCCAGGACCGCCGCUCGUAAACCUGGGUAAACCUGUGUAAGCUCUGGCGUUGACAGCUGGAAGGCAGCUGGGACUGUGGCGGCGCCCCUCCCUGUACCCACGUCCGCCAUCGCACUGCCAGAGUUGAACCCCCCUUCUAAGUCCUGGAACAGCACCCGCUUCUGUAAGGGAAGCUGACGCCACCCAAUGUCUUCAAUCCCACCGGAAUCAUCCCCCCCAAGCCUGAAAGUCCUGUACCCUCGUUGGUCCUAUCUGGUCACAGCAAGUUAGAGGUGAAAGAGCCCGGCCUGGGGCCCUUCUGUUUACCCCAAAGCUGUACUACCUGUAGCCAGGAGUGGCUAACAGACACUAACCGAGACUUCUGCACUACAUUCCUCUUCCAAGACUUUUCUGGCUCUGUUUGCAUUCCAGCCCAAUGAUUUCCUUCUUGUUGAAUCGUUCUCUCUUUUGCAUAUCAAGCCUAGAUUAAGCCAAUCCCUGAGGACAAUAAAGUUCUUUGGUGCCCCUCAGUUGACCCCUCCUGACCAUGGAACACCAUCAGCCUGAGCAUCCAGUCCCUGGUGAGGCCAGGACUGCAGAAGUGGUCAGCCCUGAAAACCAUGAGGUCCUGUCAGAACCCAAUGAGCCCCCUCAGGACAAGGAUGCCGAAGAGGCUGAUGGGGCAGCUGGAGAACAGGAGCCAGUAGAUGAAGCUUUGCUGCCAGCCCAGGGCCAGGAUAACCUCGAGUCCCCUCCACCUGAUGCUAGCUCAAGCCAACAAGGGCCAGCCCAGGGGACACAGCCUGAGGUAGAGACAGUGGGGGCCUGCUCCUGGCCCCAAGAGCUUCCCCAGUCCCCCAGGGCCCGACAACCUGAGCUAGACUUCUACUGUGUAAAGUGGAUCCCCUGGAAGGGAGAACGGACACCCAUCAUCACCCAGAGCACUAACGGCCCUUGCCCUCUCAUCGCCAUCAUGAACAUCCUUUUUCUUCAGUGGAAGGUGAAGCUGCCACCUCAGAAGGAAGUGAUCACAUCAGAUGAGCUCAUGGCCCAUCUUGGAGACUGCCUUCUGUCCAUCAAGCCCCAGGAGAAGUCAGAAGGACUUCAGCUUAAUUUUCAGCAGAAUGUGGAUGAUGCAAUGACAGUGCUGCCUAAACUGGCCACAGGUCUGGAUGUCAAUGUGCGAUUCACAGGUGUCUCUGAUUUUGAGUAUACACCUGAGUGCAGCGUCUUUGACCUACUAGGCAUACCUCUGUACCAUGGCUGGCUUGUUGAUCCACAGAGUCCUGAGGCUGUGAGUGCAGUUGGGAAACUGAGUUACAACCAACUGGUAGAGAAGAUCAUCACCUGCAAGCACUCCAGUGACACCAACCUCGUGACAGAAGGCCUGAUUGCAGAGCAGUUCCUGGAGACCACCGCUGCACAGCUGACCUACCAUGGUCUGUGUGAGCUAACAACAGCUGCCAACGAGGGCGAACUUAGCGUCUUUUUCCGGAACAACCACUUUAGCACUAUGACUAAGCACAAGGGUCACUUGUACCUACUGGUCACCGACCAGGGCUUCCUACAGGAGGAGCAAGUGGUGUGGGAGAGCCUGCACAACGUGGACGGAGACAGCUGUUUCUGUGACUCUGACUUUCACCUAAGUCACUCCCUAGGCAAGGGGCCUGGAGCAGAAGGUGGGAGUGGCUCCCCAGAAAAGCAGCGGCAGGUGGACCAGGACUACUUGAUCGCCUUGUCCCUGCAGCAGCAGCCGUCGCAAGGCACAUUGGGUCUUAGCGACCUGGAGCUGGCCCAGCAACUUCAGCAAGAGGAGUACCAACAGCACCAAGCCACCCAGCCCGUGGCAGCACGGGCCCUGUCACCGCAGGGGAGAGGAGCUGCAUUUGGACGCCCAGCUGCCGAGCGUCGGCAAAGGCCGAAGCAAGAGUCCGACUGUGUCCUCUUGUAGCCCCGCUCAGUGCCAGGCUGCCUUGCCUCCGCUUUCAGAGGCUGGGGCUAUUUUGCUUGCUCCCCAGCUCAACUUGAGAUAUGCAGGGUAACUUAUUUAUGGAAUGUUGGGGAUCAGAGCAGGCAGUAAAUGCCAAGGUCAGACUUGGUGACGUCUUUGCCCUCACGUGCUGCCUCCUCUUCCUCCCGACCAUCCCGGGCAACAUUGGGGUUGGUGGGGUGAGGAUUUCUGAUUCCCAACUCCCUUUCCCCAGAACAGUCACAUUAAUAUACAGACUCAGGCUCCAGGGUGAGGUCCCUGUCUAGAACCCAUCUCCCCUACUUUCUGCUCCUGCAGGCCCACCCGUAUCCAUCCGUUUGUUUCAGGGUUUAAUUUGGGUUUCUAUCUCCAUUAUUUGUAAUGCCUUCCUAGGAGUUUGGAAAUAAAACUUCUUUCCUGA